AAAGAGCUGCGGGCGGGAUCAUUGGGCACACACGACUCACACAGAGUCAUUCUGAAGACUCACAUCAGCCCAGAUCCAGUUACAGCACACCGAUUUGGUGACUGAACCCUGACUCAUAAGUCCCCUUCAUUAGUGACCGCCUCUUCCCGCUACCAUGUCCGAGUCGACAGAUACCCUCCAGACCGAGCUUCCCUCUCGAGAGAAAGCACCCAAAGACAAGGCCUCAAAGAAGAUGGACAAGAAGCCUGCGCCUGAAAAGGGAAUUGGCAAGGCAGAAGCCAAAACACCACAAUCCAAAGCUGGAGGAAAGAAGAAGAAGAUGGAAGGAGCUGCACUCAUUGGCAUUGAUGUGUCGAAAGAUACCGACUUUUCAGAAUGGUAUCAGCAAGUUCUGUUAAAGGGAGACAUGCUCGAUUACUACGAUAUUUCGGGUUGCUACAUCCUGAAGCCUGCCUCACAAUUCAUCUGGGACGGAGUACGCGACUGGUUCGACAGCCGCAUCAAGAAGAUGGGUGUCAAGAAUUGCUCGUUCCCUCUGUUCGUCUCUGAGGAUGUGUUGAACCGCGAAAAGGCCCACAUUGAAGGAUUUGCGGCCGAGGUCGCGUGGGUGACACACGGAGGCAGCACAAAGCUGGAAAAGAAGAUUGCUAUCCGCCCAACCUCUGAAACCGUCAUGUAUCCCUACUACGCCAAAUGGAUCCAGAGUUAUCGUGACCUUCCGCUCAAGCUCAAUCAGUGGAACUCGGUUGUGAGAUGGGAGUUCAAGCAUCCUCAGCCGUUCUUGCGGACGCGGGAAUUCCACUGGCAAGAAGGACAUACUGCUCACUUGACGGAACAAGAAGCGGGCAAAGAAGUUCUGGACAUUCUGGACCUCUAUGCUGGUGUGUAUGAAGAGCUGUUGGCAGUUCCCGUAAUCAAGGGCAGGAAGACGGAGAAGGAAAAGUUCGCCGGAGGUUACUACACCACUACGGUCGAGGGCUAUAUUCCGGCAACAGGACGAGGUAUCCAAGGCGCAACAUCACACUGCUUGGGUCAGAAUUUCAGCAAAAUGUUCGGCAUCACCGUACAGGAUCCCAACGCAAAGUCCGAGGAAGAGAAGAAGAAUUCGCUGCACGUCUGGCAGAACUCGUGGGGUUUGUCUACCCGAGUCAUUGGUGUGAUGGUCAUGAUUCAUGGAGACGAUCGCGGCCUGGUCCUUCCACCUCGUAUUGUCGAGACCCAAGUUGUUAUUGUGCCCGUCGGUGUGACAGCGAAGAUGACAGACGAGGAGCGAGAAGCCCUGUACAAGGAGGUCGAUGGUCUGAAAGAGGUCUUGAAGGCUGUCGGUGUCCGGGUCGAAGCCGACUUCCGGGAGGGAUAUUCUCCAGGAUGGAAAUUCAACGACUGGGAAUUGAAGGGUGUGCCACUUCGACUUGAGUUCGGACCUGGAGAGAGCAAAGGUCACUUUGUGACGACUUCCCGCCGAGACCUUCCCAAGGCCGACAGCAAAGGUCAGAUCGCAAUCACCGAGCUCAACACUGCUGUCCCAGAGCUUCUCGAGACUAUCCAGAAAGACUUGUAUGACCGAGCAGAUGCCAAGUACAAGUCACAUAUCAAGAAAGUGACGAACUGGGACGACUUUGUACCGACGCUGAAUGACAAGAACGUUAUUCUCCUGCCUCACUGUCUUACGGAGGCAUGCGAGGACCAGAUCAAGGACUUGAGUGCACGCACGGCGGAGGAACAGAGUGGGGUGCCACAGGAUGAACGUGCCCCGAGCAUGGGCGCAAAAAGUCUUUGCAUUCCAUUCGAGCAGCCAGAAGGGAUCGAGAAGGGUGUCACCAAGUGCGGGAAUCCCAACUGUUCGAAUCUGGCCGAAGCCUGGUGCAUGUUUGGAAGGUCCUACUAGACAAGUACUCAAGAAGAGCAGAGCAGACUGCCCUUGACGGAUAGAAGAGAGCGACGAUAUGAGUGAUGAUGGUGUUCGAUGAUAUCCAAAGCUGAGAAGCACCGGCAUUGCCGAAGGAGGUGUU